AUGACGUCAUUUCAAUCCCUUCUUUCCUCCAUCGGCGGUGGCCAGCCAAAGGCACCGCAACCGAAGACGAGCGGGGCGACCAACUCCGCGCCUGGAACUCCAGGCAGCACACGACCGCCGAUUCCACCUUCCACUGCUCGUCCUGCUGCUACCAAUUUGGCUGCCGGAGUGAAGCGAAAACCAGAUGAUCAACCCGGACCUCCACAACCCAAGACUGUGCGAACGGAAGUCAGGGUUCCCGUAAGGCCAACCUCACAAGGCGGUGCGCAUCCUGCUGCCAAACCUGCUCCUUCCAUCACGGCUGCACCUAAGCCUACGUCUUCUGCGAUGGCUCAACCCACAGCCUAUCGUGGUACAGCGAGACCUUCGGGCUCGAUCCAGCCAGCGAAACCUCUAUCCGCUCCGGCACCUGCUCCGAAACCUGCUGCCAAACAACCAACAGUGACUGCAAGUACCACCACACCCACCGCACCAACCGCAGACAGUUCUUCCAAACCGAAACGAGGCUUCGCCGCAAUCAUGGCAAAGGCCAAGGCUGCUGAAGAAGUAGCCAAAGCCGCUGGUUCUAGUAUGAUCAAGCACAAAACCGUGGAGAAGAUGACCAAGCGAGAGCGGGAGAAGGAACGUGAGCGAGCACAGCAGGCCGUGAAAGCAAAUGGGAAACCCGGUGCGAAGGCUGCGAAGGCGGGGCAACUUCCAGACCGGAGUCGGAGCAACACUCCAAACGAUGUUAAGCCUGGCUUGUCAAAGAAGGCACCGGAGAUCGCAUACAAAGGCACGAUGAAAAAGCCCGUGAAACCUGUGCCCGAGAUUGCUUACAGAGGUACGAUGAGAAAAUCGGUGCCUGGAGAGCAGGCCCCAAAACCAGUGGCGAAGAAGGGUAUGGCACAGGACAAGUACGGUGGAUAUGCCAGCUGGUCCGACCUGAGUGGCGCUGAAGAUGAAGAAGAAGACUAUGAGUCGGAUGCUUCGUCUAUGAUGGAAGCUGGACUGGACGAUGUCGAAGCCGAGGAAACGAUGGCACUCCGAGCUGCGAAACGGGAGGACCAGGAGGCUAUGGAGGAGGAGGAACGUCUCAGGAGGGAAAAGGCCGAACGAAAGAAGAAGCUUCUGGCUCUUAGCAAGAGCGCUGCUGCGAAGAAGAAGUAUUGA